AGCCGCGUUGCCAAGGAAGUGAGCGGCCGCCGUCUCUCCCCAUCCGGGGCAGUGGGGAAUGGCUGAGCCCGGGAUUUGCCGCCGCCGCCGCCUCCGCCGCCGCGGGCCGGGCGGGGCCGCCGCCGCAGGACCUUAGCAUCCUGAGACAUCAUAGCCUUCAGGGUUGACCUGGUCAGAGUUCAUCAUGUCCAAGUUAAAAAGCUCCGAGUCAGUCAGGGUGGUGGUUCGCUGUCGGCCCAUGAAUGGCAAGGAAAAGGCCGCCUCAUAUGACAAGGUGGUAGAUGUGGAUGUGAAGCUGGGGCAGGUGUCUGUGAAGAACCCCAGAGGCGUGGCUCAUGAAAUGCCCAAGACCUUCACCUUUGAUGCAGUGUAUGAUUCGAAUGCCAAGCAGUUUGAACUCUAUGAUGAGACGUUCCGACCGCUUGUGGAUUCUGUUCUGCAGGGUUUCAAUGGGACGAUUUUUGCCUAUGGACAAACAGGGACUGGGAAAACCUACACAAUGGAAGGAGUCCGUGGUGACCCUGAAAAAAGAGGGGUCAUCCCUAACUCAUUUGAUCACAUCUUCACCCAUAUCUCUCGAUCUCAGAAUCAACAGUACCUGGUCAGGGCUUCUUACUUAGAGAUCUACCAAGAGGAGAUCCGAGAUUUGCUCUCCAAGGAUCAGACCAAAAGGCUUGAGCUCAAAGAGAGGCCUGACACUGGAGUGUAUGUGAAAGACCUGUCUUCCUUCGUCACCAAGAGCGUGAAGGAAAUAGAGCACGUGAUGAAUGUGGGGAACCAGAACCGAUCUGUCGGUGCUACUAACAUGAAUGAGCACAGUUCGCGUUCUCAUGCAAUUUUUGUCAUCACCAUCGAGUGCAGUGAGGUGGGCCUUGAUGGAGAAAACCACAUCCGUGUAGGGAAACUGAACCUGGUAGAUCUUGCUGGCAGUGAACGGCAAGCCAAGACUGGUGCACAAGGGGAAAGACUGAAGGAAGCGACCAAGAUCAACCUGUCCCUUUCAGCCUUGGGUAAUGUCAUCUCUGCCCUGGUGGAUGGCAAAAGCACUCACAUUCCAUAUCGGGACUCAAAGCUUACCAGGCUCCUCCAAGAUUCUCUUGGUGGCAACGCUAAAACUGUGAUGGUGGCCAACGUGGGGCCUGCCUCUUACAAUGUAGAGGAAACUCUGACCACUCUGAGAUAUGCCAACCGUGCCAAAAACAUUAAGAACAAGCCAAGGGUCAACGAGGACCCUAAGGAUGCCCUCCUUCGAGAAUUCCAGGAAGAGAUUGCUCGGCUCAAGGCCCAGCUAGAGAAACGGUCCAUUGGCAGGAAAAAGAGGCGAGAGAAGCGGAGGGAAGGUGGCAGCAGCAGUGGGGGUGGGGAAGACGAGGAGGAUGAGGGAGAAGAGGGUGAGGAAGAAGGGGAUGAUAAGGAUGAUUAUUGGCGGGAACAGCAAGAAAAACUGGAGAUUGAGAAGCGGGCCAUUGUCGAGGACCACAGCUUGGUUGCAGAGGAGAAGAUGAAGCUGCUGAAAGAGAAGGAGAAGAAGAUGGAGGACCUGAGGCGGGAGAAGGAUGCUGCCGAGAUGCUGGGUGCCAAAAUCAAGGCCAUGGAGAGUAAGCUGCUUGUGGGAGGAAAAAAUAUAGUAGAUCAUACCAACGAACAGCAGAAAAUCUUGGAGCAAAAACGGCAGGAAAUUGCAGAGCAGAAACGUCGAGAAAGAGAAAUCCAGCAACAGAUGGAAAGUCGAGACGAGGAGACCUUAGAACUUAAAGAGACCUACAGCUCGUUGCAGCAAGAGGUGGACAUCAAGACCAAAAAACUCAAAAAGCUCUUCUCCAAGCUCCAGGCGGUGAAGGCAGAGAUCCAUGACCUCCAAGAAGAGCACAUCAAGGAGCGGCAGGAGCUGGAGCAGACUCAGAAUGAGCUCACCAGGGAGCUGAAGCUCAAGCAUCUUAUUAUAGAAAACUUCAUCCCUCUGGAAGAAAAAAGUAAAAUUAUGAAUAGAUCCUUCUUUGAUGAAGAGGAAGAUCAUUGGAAACUACAUCCUAUAACCAGACUGGAGAACCAGCAGAUGAUGAAGCGGCCCGUCUCCGCUGUGGGAUAUAAGAGACCAUUGAGCCAGCACGCAAGGAUGUCCAUGAUGAUUCGUCCAGAGGCCCGAUAUAGGGCAGAAAACAUUGUGCUGCUAGAGCUGGACAUGCCCAGCCGGACCACCAGGGACUAUGAGGGCCCUGCCAUUGCCCCCAAAGUCCAGGCGGCACUGGAUGCCGCUCUGCAGGACGAAGAUGAAAUACAGGUGGAUGCGUCAUCCUUUGAAAGUACUGCAAAUAAGAAAUCCAAGACCAGGCCUAAAAGCGGAAGGAAGUCGGGAUCCUCCUCCUCUUCCUCAGGAACCCCUGCAUCUCAGCUUUAUCCGCAGUCUCGGGGGCUGGUUCCAAAGUAAAGCCAGUUCCUGCUCUCCUGGGGUUUAAACAGCAUUGCCUUCUGAGAAAAGAGAUGAGCAAAUACCUGCAGAGACGACUCCAGCCCAAACUCAGAACAUUCCCCUGGGGAGAAGCGAUGGCGUCUUUGCAGAUGAACCAACCUAAUCUGGCUGAAAGGUGCUGGUCCUAACCUGGCAUUCAGCUCUGGGCAACGUCCCUUAAUUAGCAUCUCAGAUAUGCAUGGGUAAGGUAAUGGGCGAUAGUCGAAGUGGAAAGCAAGAGGAUGACCAGUGACCUUGCUUCCCUUCUCCCUUGCCUUCUCCCCCUUUCUCUCCCUUCCCUUCUCCCCUCUCCUUUUCUAGUCUGUUCUUUAUACUGGGCUCCCUUCCUGUUGAACAAUAGGGCAGAAUCAGGAGUCACCUUAGCAGGACCAAGUCUUCAGAGCCUCAGGAUAAAAUAACAGUGAGGUUGAAAAGUGAAAGCCCUAGAACUUGAAUACGUGCUUGUUCUUGUAGGUUGAAAUGAGAAAUCUCAUUUGGACCCAAACCCCCAGUGGGCAUGAUCCAUGCUCCUCGGUAAGAAGGGGAUCUGUCUUUGGGAUCUGCCGAAUGAGGAAAUGUUUUCCGAGGAAGCUACCAAUUUCGCUCCUGAGGGGUUAAUGUUGGAAGCAAUAGAAAUCACAUUCCCUUUGCCUCCUUGGAGAGUUUAGAGGCAUCUUUAAAAACCUCAAAACCAUGACCAUCCUGUCAAAGACAUAAUCUGUAAGCUGAUGCCAUGUCCAUCCACCGUGUCAUUUUACUCUUCAUUUGUCACCAUCUUUAGCCAAGUGUGUGUACUCUGAGUGUCCUUCCCAGGCCCAUCUGCCUCCUGAGCAUGCUCUACAGUGGGCCUGUUUUGUGGGAGAAGGGAGGCUGGCUCUGCCUUCUCUGUUUGGACAAAAGUAGGGGGAAUGAGGCAUAUGGUGGCACAUCUGAAUUCCCCAUUUUGUCCCAUAUUUACGUAGAGAGCUAAGGGUACUGGGCAGAUGCAGAGACAGUGACAUGCGGCUCAGGGCAAUGUGAAGCGAAGACAAAGGUGGGAGCAAAUGAACCUGCCUGCCUUCAGCUGAAACUUGCCCAAUCCUAGGAUGGUGGCUCUCCCAGGCAGAGCCUAAAGUGGUGGCUAGGAGGUGCUGUGUGACUGCAUAGGCUCAGAGGAGCUAGAGAUUCCCCGUUUACAUAUACUAGUUGGUUUAUAAGUUUUAGUUCUUUGUAUUAUUGAAAUUCAAAGCUUCAUUUUAUGUUGGUCAUUAGGUGACUGUUAGUCCUUUUUCCCCCAAGAGACACUCUUAAGAGUGUGUGGAUGUGCAAGCACAAUGGUGCCUGUGUUCUUUGAGUGUGUCCACGUGUGUCUGCAAGAGAAAAAGAUAGAGACCAAGAACUUGCCCAGUUUUAGAAAUACACUAAUGUACAGUUGUUGCCUUUGUCUGUAUUAAAGGCCCACUGAAUGACUAAUCCAGGUCGGAAACACUCCCAUGUGGGUGUCUGAGUCCACGAGCCAAGCCUGAGGGGACGGUGUGAGUCCCCGGGUCUGCCUCACUGGUGUACCUUGCUGGCAUGGUGCCUCAGGAAGGUGGCGACUCAGGUGGGCCUUGAGUUAUAUUUUAACUCAGCUGCUCAGUUCCCAGGGCACAUUUCUGGAUCAACCUGUGGGAAAGAGGAGGUACCAAGUGCAAUCACAGCAUUCUGCAAAUGGAGAUCUGUCAUCUGGCAGCUUAUCUCCUUUCUAGUUACUAUUCUUUCUGAACCCAGGGUCCUUUUCAGUAAUUCGCAGAGCCUAAAGGAGCCUUCCCUCAUCUUCCUUGGGAUCAAACCCUGCUUCUCUCUUAUUUACUAAGACUUGACCUGUUUGAAUAGGAACCGAAUGACCAGGUUGUAGCCUAAGAUGGUUUUUUGCCAGUUACUCCUGUCUGUUGCCCCCAAUUUUUUCAAAGCUCGUAUGAAUUCCACAGACUGAAAAUAUUCACCUGGCAAAUUUUGAAAACUGAACACUGCAGAUAACACGAUACCUUAAUACUGAUGUCUCAAGGUGGCUAUUCUGACCAAGGGUGGUUGCGUGACCAUAGAGCUUUUCUAAGAAGGCAAAGGAAGAAAGCUAAGUUGACAAGCAGGGUCAGUAAAACAGCCUGCCUCGCACUCAUCUGAUGGUCUGUGAACAAAGAGGAAGAACACCUGAGUGGAGGUGAGGCUGCCCCUUCCCAAGCAGUCUCCGGUGCUUUUCUUCUCUCAAAGAGGAUCCGAUAAAUAUUUGAAUAGAGCAGAUAGCAGAACCUAAGCUGCUGUGUUGGACUCUGAUUUGAGCCAAAUGUGUGGAGGACCUCCCAGGCCCACCGAGGGACCAGGUUUCCCUGUCUGUAGUCAAGCUAGAAUGUUCCAAGCCAUCUGAGGGCCAGCAGCGGUUAGUGAAGUCUGGAAGCCAACCUAACACCAUGUAAGAAGAUCAUCCGAGAGAAGGAGUUUGAGACUGUGCAGCCUUCAUCAGGCACCUUUUUGCUCUGAUCAGUAGGAAUGUAUCUGGCUUUAUAUUUUAAAGUCACCUGUCUCCCAGACCCCUGGAUCCAGAACCCAAGGCCAGAAAUCAUAGGCAUGAAGCACUUUCUUAAGACUGACUUAGCGUUGGACUGUUCCCUAUCGAAUGCCUGCCUGCAUGCUGCUUAAAUUGCACCAUUCACACCUCCAUGACCAAGGGCAUCAGAUCUCUGCAGCUCAGGCAUGGGCCGGGGCUGCUCUCUGCUUUUCCUGCCUGACUCUUGGAAGUCCUCCCUCACUGAAUGUAAAAUUGUUGCCAAGUUGCUGAGAAGUGUCAAUUCCCUGUUGUUAACGUGGGAUAUCAGUUCUGCCUCACAUUUCCCACUAGAGGUCAAGGCUCACUGCAAGUAACACCUUGGGCCAUCAUGAACACCAUCAGUGGGCGAAAAUGGGGCUAUUAAUAUACUCUAAAAGCCAUAAUGAAAACGCUCAGAGGAAACUGGAUAAGAACAGUGGGCCUGGCUAGUGUCUAUCUCACAAGGUUUUGUCUUGUGCUGUUCAGAAAUCUGCCACCUUUCUCCUUGCCCUUGUUUCUUCAGUGAAAUGCUUUUGAGGUUAUUUAUGAAAUGAGUAAUCCUGGUGCAGGAAGGAGGUAGUGGGCUUUAUGGCUCUUUAGAGUUAAUAUUGAUCUUGACCUUCUCUUUGGCUACCUUUAGACAAAGAACACGCCAAUACUUGGGGCUCUAAGUUUUACAAUUAAUAUUUAUUUGUAUCAUCUCUUUGUCUAGGAAUGUAAAAGUGAUUCUAAACUAAGAUGUGUAAUAAAAAUCAAUCAGAUUUAUUGUACCUACAAAAAAGUGUCCUCAUAAAUGACUAAUGCUUUUGAAGAU